AUGUGCACUGAAUUUCUUAUGACAAACAACAUUCUAAUUUUUUUUCUUUCUUUUAUUUUCUAUCUCUUACGCGAACCGACACGAAUCUUGAAAAAGUUGAUGUUCGUCGAUAUACUUGGCCGUAUACAAGAAUGGACUAAUCUGGUGCAAGAUAAGCUGAACAACUGUAAAAUGGACCUCGAAGCUUUGCGCAAGGAAUUAGAGGCGCGCGCUUGCGAGAUCGAAAAUUUGAGGAAGCAGCUGGCAGAGUGCGAGGAACGCGAGGCAAGUUUCUUGUUUGAAAAACACGGUUUGAACGUAAACUUCAAAUACGAAAUAACAUUGCUACAGAAGGCGGCCGCUCAAAUACGCGCUGAACACGAAGCAAUCGCUACAACGACGGAAGAACCGAGUAUUGCCACCGCAAAAACGGAGACGGACGACGUAAAGAAGGAUGAUGCUACAAUUACCGCCGUACAAGAAACAACAACGACUGGUCAUUCGCCAGAAGUUGAAACGAAUGUCGUGGAAAUUGUCUGUACGGACGCAGCUAUUCAGUCGAUCAUGAAGGACAGAGAAGCAAUGAGACGAGAAAUUGAGCUGGAAGCUGAAAUAGCGCGGCUCCGUAGAGAGAAUCAGCGUAUCAUAAAAGAACGCGCCGAAUACGAGAACGCGAUACAACGAGCGCUGCUGCGAGGCGUUUCUUCUUUGAACGUCGAGGCUUUGAGAGUUUUGCGCUGUCCCCCCAUUCCGUGCUGUACACCUUGCGCCCCUUGUCACACCACUACUACGUAA